GGCAGGACACAACAGCAGCAGCAGCAGCAGCAUGCUCAGAGAUGAGGGAGUCUUCAGAAAAUAAAGCUUUCCCUGCUUCAGACAAUUCAAAUGCCCUGCAUAGUAGUGGAACCACGUGGGAAAACAUACGAUCCUCAUCAGAGAUGGACAGUUUGCACCAAAGUGACGAGCAUACUUCACCCGAAGUUACAAACCCACCAAAUGACUUGUCUGAACUGAUAGUGGUAAAAGAAGAACCAUCAGAUGUGGAUAACAGAAACACUGAACAAGACGGAACAAAUGAAACAAGAAAGGAUGCAGUCAUGGAUAACCAAAUGGCUCCAAAUGUGAUGCAGCAUCCUAAACCAGGUGCAGAACACCAGCAACCUCUGUUCACCAAUAGCUUUAUGAGUUCAAACAGCCAGCAGCCUCGUGCUGACUCCAGGAGUCAGGAGAUGCAGUGGAAUCCACAACUAACACUGGCUCACGCUACACUGCAGGAAGGAAAACAAGUGGUUCAAAAUGUUGUAUCCCAAAACUUCAGCGCAUCCAGGAAUGUGAAGCUCCACAGUUUUAGGAACUCAUCUGCAAAGAGGUUUGGCUGCAUGCAGUGUGGCAAGGGUUUCAGAUGCUUCAGCCAGCUUGAAAUUCACCAGCGAAGUCACACAGGCGAGAAGCCAUUCCGGUGCACGCUGUGCGGAAAGCGAUACGCCCAGAAAGGCCACCUGUACACACACCAGCGCACACACACCGGGGAAAAGCCCUAUCGAUGCACUAUUUGUGGAAAGGGUUUUAUUCAGAAGUGCACCCUUGAUAUGCAUCAGCGCACACACACAGGUGAAAAACCCUUUGUUUGUGUCAGUUGUGGCAAGGGCUUCACAAAGAAGUGUAAUCUGAAGAAACAUCUGACUCUGCAUCUAGAUCCUAGCCUAAACGUCUAUGGAGGCGAGUCGUUUAGUGGAACAAUUAUACACGGAACCACAUAAAAUGACAAUGGCUAACAUUUAUUUCUUUUCUUCAUUCUGAUUUAAACAGCUACUGGAAAAUAAAGUUUACUUUGCUUAAGAUAUAAAUGUGUGUCUAACAGUGCAUAUUUUGGACACCUCACUGAAAGGUUUUCUGUGCAAAAUAUCAGAAACUAAUGUUUCAACAAGCAAAUUUUUUUUUAAUAGUCUGAUAAAGCCAGUUCCUCUUGAGAACUUACAAAUGUAUUAAUCUGAUGCAUUAUGAAAUCAACUAGCAUAGGAGAAAGUGCUUCAAAUAUAUAGAAAACACUCCAGGAACUAUUAAGUUGCUAUUAGCUGAACUAGAAGACGAUCAUUCAUUGCCUUUUUUUGUGUGUCUCAAAAACAUGGUUGGACAUAGUUGUAUGUGAAAAUAACUUCGGCUAUUACAAAUAAUCACCACUAGAUGGCAACAAUUUCAAAUAAUGUCUAGUUUUAAGUCUGAGUAAAGAUCUAGUAACGUAUAUAUCAUAGAUUUUAUAUUAUUCCCCCCUCUUCUUUUAGAAAUAUUUUUGCAAUAGCUCAACACCGAUUUUAUAUGUUUAAAUUUGAUUAAUAAAGAAGCUUUAUAUAGCUUUUAUUGCGCGUAGGUAAAUUAGUAAUAGAAAAAACGUGUGAAGGUGUAAAACAGAAGUUCCGAAUACAUUUGAAAGAUAACGACAAAUAAUGUAAUAUGUGCUGAUUUUGCAACCGCGACCUUCACAGGAUAAAUAUUUUUUUUUAUGAAUUAAUCAUACAUUAAAGUAUUUUUUUAGUCAUUAAUGUUUUGAGAGAUGUUUUACAAUACUUGUCUUCUCUGUCCUAUGACAUUUUCUAUCCAUAUAGUUUCAGCAAAAUCCCUAUAAAUCGAGUUGAGGCAGCAACACACGCUGUUGCCUUAACAUACAGUAUACAUUGUGGUGCUUUCGCCUAUAGAUUUCCCAUAAUCCUUUGCGGUACAGCUGUAUCACAUAUUUGAUUAUAGGAGCGUCGCUACUUCGGGGGAGUAAUCUUGCCGAAAUUAGAAAUACUCAGCUACUUUGGCGAGAUGAUGUGCGACAGCGCUAACAGGAGUUUUCGGACACAGCUGGCCGUCAUCCUGGACAGGCUAACAAAGGCGGCUUUGGCUGAGAUCAGCAGCCUGGCUGACGAAUGCUCCUCCGUCCUUCACACUGAGAUAUCUCUGCAUAAGACGGAGAACGAGGCGCUGAAGAAGAGGUGCUACUCUCUGGAGGUCCAGCUGAGAGCAGCCAGAGAGGGACAUACCUACCCUGCACAUGUCAACACCAGCGUCAGGCAACUUUCAGAUCAGCACCAUUCUUCUCCAGCCAUCGAAGGAGUAUUUGGGAAGGAUUGGUGCAUGGAUCUGUGGAGAGAAGAGAAGCUUCACCCUCAGAGAAGACUGCCAAUGGAGGCUGCUAUGACAAACAUAGGAGCAGAGGCAGCUGACAUGAUGGGGAGAGAACCUGAUCUUAUUUUUGUCAAAGAAGAGACGUAUGACGAUCACCCUAUUGGUCAACAGAUGAGUUGUGCUGACAACAGGAAAAUUGUUGGGAUGUUUGAAGAUGACGGCAUGCUUCACAGAUCCGUCGAUGAACUGCAGCUUCACUCAGGGGAGUUGAAUAAUUUCCCCAUGAUGUCGGACGGACAAAUGCUACAGCGGGCACAGCCGACCAUCGCGGACAGAUUAAUAGAGGACGCAGCAUUGGGCAGUCUUGUGGAAAACACAAAUCCUCCUCCAGCCUCGGUGGAACCCUCAGAUUACACGAACUGUCUCCAAACAAACACGACCAAAGAACUCCCCUUUCAGCCCAAACUUGUUAAGGCACCAAAGCGGUUUGACUGUUUAUUCUGUGGAAAAAUCUUUAACUAUUUAAGCAGCUUAAAAGUGCACAUCAGGCGGCACUCGGGCGAAAAGCCUUUCAGCUGCUCUGUGUGCGGAAAACGGUUUGCUCAGAAAACGUACCUGAAGCUGCACCAGCGAGUGCACUCUGGUGAAAAGCCUUACAGCUGUCCAGACUGUGGCAAAAGUUUCUCCCAGAAAAGCUCCUUAAACAUACACCUUCGAACGCACACGGGUGAAAAGCCUUACAGCUGCGUGGGAUGUGGCAAAUGCUACGCGUAUAAAUAUGGUUUAAAUCACCAUCAGUGUUUCAACUGGAUGGUCAAACCAGAGGUAUUUGACACAGGUCCUCUCAGCACUGCUCAGAGUGACUCGACAUGCGGCAGUAUAUCUUUACUAACAUCCAACAUGGAGGAAAAAUACUGAUUUGGAACAAGGAGAGGCGGAUUGUGGGAUCUAUUGUUACCUGUGCUACUGUUUGUCAUAUUUUUUAGCUAGAGUGGAGAGACUAACGUAGCAGUGGUUAAACAAUAGUUGAGCUUAUAGGUCCAUUAUAAGAUUAUUUAUACUCAUAAGUGUGAGUUUGACUCAUCAGCCAGCAAGAAAUGAAAACAUCUUGCCUUCAUUUCAUUGUUGCAUGUGUUUGUUCCUAAUAUAUCAAGCCACAGAAGGACUGUCCCAAGAAAUACCAAAUUACUGACUCUGGGGAAAUGGUCCUGGCCGACCUUUAAAACUACCUCCUUGGAACAAAAAGGUGAAACAAGCUUGUUCCUUUGACCAGCUUUAUUUGUUCGACACUAUUUAGUUCUUUGGCAUUAAAAUGAAACUGAAGUCAUUUUUCCUGAAAUAUAACUAAAAUUGUUUAUCUCUUGGUCAUAUAUUUAAAUAAGCUCCGCAGGCUGUUAUUGAUGAUAUUGUGUUUGAAUAGUUACUUUUAUGGUUCCACCGUGAUUUAUGAAUCAAAGAGAAAUUGUCAACAUUCUGUAAAUCUGAUUUCAUGUAGUCUUAUUUCAUUCCUAUGCCUAAUAGAAAUUGCUUUCUUUGAAUGUAAAGCUUGCCUGAGCUGAUUCUGUUCCAGAGAUGGCUCUAGCAGCAUUAAUUUUACUAGCAUAUAACUGAAAUUGAGUUUUAUUAAAUAAAACAAAUGAACACA